UCGAAUCUUAAGUAGACUUGCCGAUUAGAUUACCGAUAGUAAUGGUAUUUAAACUGCAAUGUCCGUUUCACAAUUUACUUCUUUAGUAUAACGAAACCAUGGACACCAUGUAUCUACUUGUUGCCGCCAUUUUUGCUUUAAGUUUGACAAGCGUCGAAUCGAACUUGGAGCCGAGAAUUGUUGGAGGAAAAAAGGCUAAGAUAAGCGACUUUCCCUUUUUCGUCUCGAUCCGUACGUAUCCCAACAAAUAUGUUUGCGGUGGAGCGAUUAUCGACGAUUUUUGGGUUGCAACGGCUGCGCAGUGCGUCAGGGGUGUGAGCCCGAACAAUCUGUUCGUGGUGGCUGGAGUGGCAGCACUGAACGAAACUGGAGACCGGUACGCCGUCCAAGCCGUCCAAAUCCAUCCCUGGUUCAAUCCGACCAUGAAGACAAACGAUACCGCCCUAUUGAAGCUCACCAGAAAGCUAUCCGGUAAAAAUAUCAAAAAGAUAGAGAUGACCAAGGAGGCCAUUAAAGACGGAAAGGACAUGGAGCUCUGCGGACACGGUGCAACCGGAUAUCCCUUCAAAAACGCCUCCAUCAAUCUCAUGGCCAUUGAACUGAAGUCCAUUGCCAGUGACCAAUGUAGUACGCUCCACAAUCGGCCGAUAACUAACUACAACCUCUGCACGAAGGGAAAAUCUGCCAAAGGCGCGUGUGUCGGUGACGUCGGUAGCCCCUUGAUAGUUCGAGGAGGAAUUUUCGGAACCACAAAGCUUCACGGAAUUGUCUCUUGGGGAACGUCUCCUUGUGCCCAAGGCAAACCCGAUGUUUACUCAUCGAUUGCCGCAAUAAGACCAUGGAUUCGAACCGUGUGUGGAUGUUAAUUAAACACUUGUAACUACUGUAUGCGCAAUAAAGCUUUUUUUGCACUAGA